AUGUCAGCUGGGGCUCCUGACACUCUCCCACUCAACCUCAUGCGCAGCCGCAAGGCGGAGGAGGAGAACAAAGACGUCAGCACCACGGCGAAUCGAUUCCGUGAGCGGUUUGAGGGAAAAGAUGCGUCCGUCAGCGGGCGCAAGGCGGAGACCACAACGAUGGUGAAUGAGUACUACGACAUCGUGACAGACUUCUACGAGUACGGCUGGGGACAAUGCUUUCACUUCGCCCCGCGCUAUCUCGGCGAGUCGCUGCUUGAGUCGCUCGCCCGCCAUGAGUUCUUCCUGGCGUACCAGGGACAGUUCAAGCCGACGGACACGGUGCUCGAUCUGGGCUGCGGGGUGGGGGGUCCGGCGCGCAAUAUUGUGCGCCUUGCCGGCUGCAACGUGAUGGGGGUCAACAACAAUGAGUACCAGAUCAGCCGAGCCCGCCGCCACGACACCAAGUACGGCAUGAACAGCAAGAUCAACUACACCAAGACCGACUUCUGCAACAUGUGCUUUGGCGAUAACGAAUACGACGGUGCCUACGCCAUUGAGGCCACCUGCCAUGCCACGGACAAGGUGAAGUGUUUCAGCGAGGUCUUCCGUGUCAUCAAGCCCGGCAGUUACUUUGUCCUGUACGAGUGGUGCAUCACUGAGAAGUAUGAUCCAAAUAAUGAGGAACACCGCCGCAUUCGCCACAAAAUUGAGCUUGGUGACAGCCUUCCUGACCUGGAGACCAAGGGCCAGGUGAUUGAGGCGCUGAAGGCAUCCGGCUUCAUUGUGGAGGACAGCUUCGAUGUGGCUGAGCGUUUCGAGUCAAGUCCGAUCCACAACCUACCAUGGUACCUGACGCUGCAAGGGAACUACACGACGCUGGCAGGCCUCAAGUGCUCCCCGUUGGGCCGCUGGUUUACGAACAAAAUGUGCCGCGUGUUGGAGUUUGCUGGCCUUGCACCGAGUGGCACACACAAGGGGGCGGAGAUCCUUGAAGAGGCCGCAAGGAGCCUUGUGAGUGGCGGUGAGUCGGGCAUCUUCACCCCGUCCUUCUUCGCGAAGGCGCGCAAGCCACUCCCUGGUGAAAAGCCGAGGAAGUAG